UUGAUAACAUGUUUGGUGUUUAGAUUGUUUACAUUUUUAACACCACGAAAACAUUCAUGUCUAUUCGAUAUCGAAUAAUUUAUUAUUUUUGACUAUUUGAAUAGUUAUAAAGUUAUAACCACGGUCUUUAAAGAUACUUAAUACCUAAAAAUAUUAUAUCUCAAGGUCACUAUUUAGGAAUAGUGCUGAAAAUGGAUUCUGAUGUCGACUCUGAACUAAAAUCAGACUUUACAUUGUAUUUAGAACAUAUAUCCCAAAAAAAAAAAUUCCAACGAAAUACAACAUUGAGCGAACAUAGCUAUUCAUCAAUUGAAUAUCAACAAGACACUUUGUGUUCUUCAAUUAAAACAUUAUUUAUUCACAGAUCCAUUCAAAAUGAUCAGAAUACUGAUGAAGUCGACAUAGAAACUGUGGACAAAGAUGUAAAAUUAUUAACAUACAGACCUGAAAUUGAAACUAAAUCAAUGGAAUUAUAUAGAAAUUGCAAAUCGCCUAGAGAUCCAGAAACAUGGGAAGAUAAUAUUAACAAACUUCGAUGGAAUAAACUAGAAAGAACUUUGUUUGAGAGAGCUAUGUCUAUAUUAUAUGCAAAUCGUUUGUCAAGAUUAACAUAUGAAGGUACAGUGCAAGAGGAUGUUCAAAAAAUAAUUAGUACAGAAAAAUCUGUGGCGGAAAUGCAUCAUUUAUUAACUAACUAUACUCAUUGGGAUAUAUCAUUAUCACAAUGGUUACAUGGACUUUUUAUUUCACACUUACCAGAUGACUAUCUCGCUUCCUACAUAGAUAUUUUAGAAAAAUUGAAACUAAUUGCUCCAUCAUUCAUAAAUGACAUGAUAUCGGUCAAUGGGCGUACUAAAGAUGAAAUAAAAUGCAAAUCAAUCAGUCUAGAUGAACCUGUUGAUCCAUUUAAUUAUAUGUUGGUAACUUACCCACCUCUUAAAUUACCCAAAAAUCCUGUAAUAAUAUUAGUACCAGACUUUCCUGGAUAUUGUACACAACCAAACACAAGAACUCAUGAUUGGAUGAAUGCCUUGUCAUACUUAGCAGAAUUGGACGUUGCUUUAGCAGCAAAAGUACCUUGGGAUUAUGAGGAGUAUUCUCGAGAACAAGAAUUAGAUAUAGCUACUAGUUUAGAUGCUAUGGUAGAUGCUACACGAAGUAAAAUUGUGUCAGUAAGAUCUGAUGAUCCAAGCAGACCUGUUAUUCUUGCUGGUAUUGGUGUCAGUGCCGCAAUUGCUUGUCAAGUAGCUGUUCUUGAAAAAGUUGAUGGAUUAGUGUGUAUUGGCUUCAUUGUUAAUUCAUCUGAAGUAAAAAGAGGUUAUGAAGGUGAUUGCAUAUUAGGUCUUGAAUGUCCUACAGUUUUUGUAACUGGCCAGUUAAGCAUAUUUUCACCAGUCUUAGAUAUGGAAGAAUUAAGAGUAAAGCUGAAAUGUAAAACUAGUCAUAUACUUGUUGGUGGAGCAAAUGAUGAACUAGUGGUAAACCAUUCUACUAAAAUGAGAGAAGCAGUUACCCAAAAGAUAGUUGACCGAUGUGUUUUGGAAGAAAUUGGAAAUUUCUUAAAAGAAAUGUUGGAACCCUCACCAAAAAUUACUCGAAAACCUGAUGUUGAAAAUACUGAUUUUAAAAAACCUGUGUUCGCCAAAAAGAAACCAUUUAACAAAUUGUUAGCUCGCCUCAACAAAGGAAACCAAAAAUUUACACCUGUCAAUAACCAAUCUCCAAAACGACAAUUAACUAAUCGUAAAACUAUUAACAUACCAUGUACAUCUCUAACAUCAACAAUGGUUGAUUUAGCAAAAGAUGAAGAACUAAUGCCUCCACCUUCUAGUGCUCUUAAUCAAGAAUUUGUUAUACAGUGUGACAAUUCAGACUCAAUUGUAAAUAAUUCUCAACUAGACAAAAUGUCUAUACCAAAAUUAGGAGAUCAAAAGUUUUCACCUUUAGCAGAAUUUUUACAAGAACAAGAUAACUAUAAUAUCAAUGUUUCCCAAACAAGUUCACCAUUAAUAUUCACUGAAAACUCAAAUAAUCUUGUGUGCAAUUCAAAUUUCCAUUCGCAACAAAAUGAAAAAACUGCUCCUGUCAUGGGAGAAAUUACAGCUGAUCAAAUAUUAGACAUGCCAAUAGUAUUUGCUGAUGAGCCAUCACAAGAAGAAGUAAAGCAAGUUAAUGAUGAUAACAGUUCCUAUUUUAUGUCGGCUUCAAACCAACAGAAUAUUGUUGUUAAAGAAGAACCUGUUGAUGAAGAUGAUGUUUUAAGUCCUACUAUGACUAGAACCACAAUUCCUGAACGUCUGAAAAUUAAACAGGUUGCAUAUGAUUCACCUUCUAAAGUCAAGCUUGUUGUUAAUAAAGCACCAAAAAGUCUUGUACCAAGUGGUUACCAAACAUUUUCCGUGCCCAGUCAAAAUACUGGAAAUAUUCAAUUUGUCAGUAGAUUAGCCAUGCCACCUAAUAAAAUGAGAAGGAUUGAAGGAGGAAUAAGUCAUAGGGUUGCUCCAAAAACAGUUUCAAUUCGCCAAUUACAAGAAAAUAACUUCAAAUUACUCAAAAGUUCACCUGGACAGCAAAUACAAUUGAAUAAAAUUAAAACUAUGGCAACCACUCAAAAGUUUAAAAAAAUUUUAUAAUACCGACAUUGUAGAUAUAUAAAAUGUAUAAACACACACAAAACCUCCACAUGUUUAUGAAACAAUUUUAAUUAGUUGAUAAAAAG